AUGAAAGCCAUUGCUAGCCUAGAUUAUCUCUGCUAUCUUCAAAGCCAACCAUUUGUCUUAAUUUCACUUGUACCUAUGCCGUGGGCUUCCCGAUAUGAGCACAAGAUGCUUCUUUUUGUCAUUUUUGAACUCAUUGCUUCAGUUGGCUCGACUAGUCACAGUUUGAACUGCAGAAUGUGGGCGUUAGUAUUGGUUUGUGUGCAUUUAAAUAUCCUGCUGGUAAUUUCAGCCAUUAUGCCAAUGCUCUAUUUCUCCAUACUGUCAUUCAAUAUCAAGACAAGAAUGCGUGCCUGGGCCAAAAGACAGAUAGGUAGUUCGAUGAUGGCCAGAUCAGUUACACUCAUGCCAGACUUCAAUGCUGAUAAAAUGCGACUGGUCAAUGAUUCAUCUUUAGUAGAGUCACCUUGGUUGAAGCAGAAGCUCCUUUCCAUAAGCACAGCAUAG